ACAAUAUUUUUCAGGCGGGUUAUAUGUAUUGUAUUUGUUUAGUUUCACAUAACAACUUGCUUUAACAUAAGUAAAAUGAUUUCCUACUUGAAGUAUUAAUAACAUUUGAUCGUGACCAUAAAAUAUGAUUAACCCUUUUUCUUGUAUGCGCUUCAUUGCCGUUGACUAUUCAGUGCCAUACUCGUAUACCACAUGCGAUGGGAACUGUGUAAAAAGCUGGAGUCAAUUGAUUACAAAAUAAAUAUUGUACUACUAUUUAAUUGGUAAUACUAUUUUAAAUAAGUAGCGACGAACAGGACGACUGCCCAAGUAUCGAGCAAUGAGAAGAUUGCUCCAUUAGACUCUGCAAUUGUUGUAAGACCAGCAGAGCCCGCAGAAGAUGGGUCUGAGAUGAGAAAGGACUUAACAGUUCAGGAUUCAGCUUUAACUUCUAUCAUUGAACAGCCUGUUGAUUAUUCUCAUGUGCUGCGAAUCGGACCCUAUGUGAUAACACGAAGAAGUUUUGAAUUUCUCAAGUCUUCUCUCUCAGAUGAAUUGGUAGACGCUUGCCUCCACAUUGCCACAAUUGAAACUAGCAAUGUUUACCAUGUGGACGGUAUCAAUGCAACACUUAUCUUCACUGGAGAUUUUGAAAGGACUGGAUACCUUGCAUCAGCGUCCCCAGCAGAGGUCUCAGACAUCACGAUUACGGACGAGUCCAGUCAGCCAGAUCACAGGCAGAUCCAGUGGGCAGAGGUCGCACCCACCCAGCUGGUGGAAGUGGAACCGAAGGAGGGGGCACAAGACACAUACAUAUCACAGGAAGCGCCGCACAUGGAAACGGCCACACAACAGAUACUUUCAUCAUUGUACUACCCACUAGAGACAGAACGAAGAUCACCAUAAGGCAACAUCAUGAAAGCCAUUGCGCCAGACUGCCUGUCUCAAGUGCCUUGUUUUAAUUGUUUGGUUUAUAUUAUAAUCUACUGGCUUAUUUUAUAGAUUAUUUGUUAUGGGAACUUGAGUGCCAAACCUAUGACUAGCUAUUAAUGAGAUUGUUAAUGAAGCUGUGCACAUUAGAUUCUGAAUUGUUAUGAGAAGUUUAUUUCUAGAGAUAGGCCUAUGACUGGCUGUUAGAAGGUUUGUAAUGAAGCUGUGCACACAAGAUUGGGAAUUGUUAUGAGAACUUUAUUUCAAAAGAUAGGCCUAUGACUGGCUGUUAGUAAGAAGUUUUGUAAUGAAGCUGUGUACAUUAGAUUGUGAAUUGUUAUGAGAACUUUAUUUCAAAAGAUAGGCCUAUGACUGGCUGUUAGUAAGAAGUUUUGUAAUGAAGCUGUGCACAUUAGAUUGUGAAUUGUUAUGAGAAUUUUAUUUUAAAAGAUAGGCCUAUGACUGGCUGUUAGAAGUUUUGUUAUGAAGCUGUGCACAUUAGAUUGUGAAUUGUUAUGAGAACUUUAUUUCAAAAGAUAGGCCUAUGACUGGCUUUGAGUUAGACGUUUUGUAAUGAAGCUGUGAACAUUAGAUUGUGAAUUGUUAUGAGAACUUUAUUUCAAAAGAUAGGCCUAUGACUGGCUGUUAGAAGUUUUGUAAUGAAGCUGUGCACAUUAGAUUGUGAAUUGUUAUGAGAACUUUAUUUCAAAAGAUAGGCCUAUGACUGGCUGUUAGUUAGAAGUGUUGUAAUGAAGCUGUGCACAUUAGAUUGUGAAAUGUUAAAACAACUUUUCUGCAAGACCUAUGACUAGCUAUGUGUGAACAGAUUUCAUAUGAAAUUGUACACAUUAGAUUGUGAAUUGUAAAAACAACUUUUGUGCCAGAUAUAUUAUUAGCUAUUAGUAAGAUUUAUAAUGAAAUGGCACACAUUAAUUUGUGAAUUGUUAACAGAACUUUGGUGCAUGACCAAUGCCUGUAUAUAAGUGUUAAGAUUUUUAUGAAAGUGUACACAUUAGUUCUUAAACUGUUAAGAUAUUUUUUGUGAGAGGAGUAUGUUUAUAAAUGAUUAUGAGAUAGUUGUACACAGUAGAUUGUGAUAUCUUAUGAGAUAUUUGGUGCCAAAUGAAAGCAAAUUACUGAUGAAACUGUACACAUUAGAUUGUGAUAUCUUAUGAGAUAUUUGGUGCCAAAUGAAAGUAAAUUACUGAUGAAACUGUACACAUUACAUUGUGAUAUCUUAUGAGAUAUUUGGUGCCAAAUGAAAGCAAAGUACUGAUGAAACGGUACACAUUAGAUUGUGAUAUCUUAUGAGAUAUUUGGUGCCAAAUGAAAGCAAAUUACUGAUGAAACGGUACACAUUAGAUUGUGAUAUCUUAUGAGAUAUUUGGUGCCAAAUGAAAGCAAAUUACUGAUGAAACUGUACACAUUAGAUUGUGAUAUCUUAUGAGAUAUUUGGUGCCAAAUGAAAGCAAAUUACUGAUGAAACUGUACACAGUAGAUUGUGAUAUCUUAUGAGAUAUUUGGUGCCAAAUGAAAGCAAAUUACUGAUUAAACUGUACACAGUAGAUUGUGAUAUCUUAUGAGAUAUUUGGUGCCAAAUGAAAGCAAAUUACUGAUGAAACUGUACACAGUAGAUUGUGAUAUCUUAUGAGAUAUUUGGUGCCAAAUGAAAGCAAAUUACUGAUGAAACUGUACACAGUAGAUUGUGAUAUCUUAUGAGAUAUUUGGUGCCAAAUGAAAGCAAAUUACUGAUGAAACUGUACACAGUAGAUUGUGAUAUCUUAUGAGAUAUUUGGUGCCAAAUGAAAGCAAAUUACUGAUGAAACUGUACACAUUAGAUUGUGAUAUCUUAUGAGAUAUUUGGUGCCAAAUGAAAGCAAAUUACUGAUGAAACUGUACACAUUUUAUUGUGAUAUCUUAUGAGAUAUUUGGUGCCAAAUGAAAGCAAAUUACUGAUGAAACUGUACACAUUAGAUUGGGAUAUCAAGCAAAUUACUGAUGAAACUGUACACAUUUUAUUGUGAUAUCUUAUGAGAUAUUUGGUGCCAAAUGAAAGCAAAUUACUGAUGAAACUGUACACAUUACAUUGUGAUUUUUUAGAACUUUUGUGUUAAAUGGACAGUGUUCUUGCAUCCAAGGUACGAAUGUUGAUAAACUAUAUUGUUUGCAGACAGUUUGAAGAAAAUGAAAACUGCUUUAUUCUGUCUGUCAGUGCUCAAACUUGAGGCUCAAAUUACUGCUGUUGUUUUUUGAAUAUCUUAACUGGUAAAGUAUUUCUAAGCAUGAAGUGCAGAUGUUCAAGACGCACUUUCCAUGUGCUCUGAUUUACAGAGGACAGAGUUAUGGACAAAUAAUUACAACUUCUGUCACUUUCAUAUGAAUGCUGCAUUCUGAUUGGAUAAUUUGUUCAUGUGACUGGUUUUUCAUUGUCCAAUGAACCCACUUCGUAUGCAUAUUUAAACAUGAAUCAUAGAGAUACUUUCUGGUCAUAAACAAGUUGUCAAAAUGACGUUAUGAUUUGCAUGAAACUUAAUGGAGUUGUUUUUUAUUGGUCAAUGGCAAAAUGACGUUAUAAUGUUUGCGCAAACGUCAAAGAUAUAUACCCAUUUGACGGAGAUGAAACCGAAACUGAAAAUAGAUUCAUAGGCUAGAUUAAAAAGAACUUUUAUUACCCUUACCACGAUAGAAUUGCAGCUUAAAGAUCAUUUUGUGUUGUAAUUAUGCCAGUGUUUAUGCAAAUUAGGCAUAAUUUUCCCGACAGUUCACACACCGAUAAAAUGCAGAAAAAUGCUAUUCAAUUCUUAAGUAAAUUUUGACAUAAUUGAGGUCUUUUCCCCACUUAAUGGGAACUUAUUGGAGCAAGCUUCUGUUUUUUAAGUGACUAAUUUUAUACCUCGUCAUAAGCAUGCAGUUAAGAUAUGCAAGACACAAUUUUCAUUUGAAUUUAUUGACACAUCCAAACUUCUGCUCUUAUUCCUCACUGAGUCAGUCAAUUUCAUCCCAAUCAAAACUGCCUCUCGGGUGUCUUUAGUGACUGGUGACAAAGCUAUAGCUUAAGUAUCAAUAGAUAUGCAAAUGAGCCUAAAAUGUCACUUAAAUUCUGCUUUGAUUUGCCUUUUCUGGAAAGUGCUGUAUUUUUAUUUGAUAUUGCAAUGUUUAAUGCCUUCUGAUGCUUGUUUUUAUAUUUUGUUAGCUCACCUGAGCACAUUGUUCAAAGGUCAAAAAUGGCCAUAAAUGAGCUUGUCCGGGCCAUAACUAUGUCAUUCAUUGUGAGAUUUUAAAAUCAUUUGGCACAUUUGUUCACCAUUAUUGGACGGUGUGUCGCCUGUAAGAAUUAUGUCAAUAACUCCAAGGUCAAGGUCACACUGGCCAUAAAUGAGCUUGUCCAGGCCAUAACUAUGUCUUUUUUGUGAGAUUUUAAAAUCAUUUGGCACAUUUGUUCACACACAUUGGACGGUGUGUCAUGCGAAAGAAUAAUGUUGAUGUCUGCACCGUCAAGGUUACACUUGAGUUCAAAGGUCAAAAAUGGCUAUAAACUUGUCCGGGCCAUAACUAUGUCAUUCAUUGUGGGAUUUAAAAUUCUCUGCACAUUUGUUCACAAUCAUUAGACGGUGUGUCGCGCGAAAGAAUUAUGUCAAUAACUCCAAGGUCAAAGUUACACUUUGAGUUCAAAGGUCAAAAAUUUCCAUAAAUGAGCUUGUCCGGGCCAUAACUUUGUCAUUCAUUGUGAGAUUUUAAAAUCAUUUGGCCUAUUUGUAUACCAUUAUUAGACGGUGUGUCAUGCGAAAGAAAAAUGAUGAUAUCUGCAACGUCAAAGUCACACUUUGUGUUCGAAGAUAAAAAAUGGCCAUAAAUGGUCUUAUCUGGGUCAUAACUGUCAUUCAUUGUGAGAUUUUAAAAUUACUUGGUACAUUUGUUCACAAUCAUUAGACGGUGUGUCGCGCAAAAGAGUAACGUGAAUAACUCCAAGGUCAAAGUUACACGUUGAGUUUAAAGGUAAAAAAUGGCCAUAAAUGAGCUUGUCCGGGCCAUAACUAUGUCAUUCAUUGUUAGAUUUUAAAAUCAUUUGGCCUAUUUGUUCACAAUGAUUGGAAGGUGUGUCAUGCAUAAGAAUAACGUCUAUACCUCCAAGGUCAAGGUCACACUUUUGAGUUCGAAGGUCAAAAAUGGCCAUAAAUGAGCUUGUCCCGGUCAUAACUAUGUCAUUCAUGGUGAGAUUUUUAAAUCAUUUGGCACAUUUGUUCACAAUCAUUUGAUGGUGUGUCAAUCGAAAGAAUUAUGUCGAUAUCUGCAAGGUCACACUGUGAGUUCAAAGGUCGAAAAUGGCCAUAAAUGAUAUUGCCUGGGCCAUAACUAUGUCAUUCAUUGUGAGAUUUUAAAAUUACUCUGUUCAUUUGUUCACAAUCAUUAGACGGUGUGUCAUGCGAAAGAAUUACGUCGAUAUCCCCAAGGUCAAGGUCACACUUGGAGUUCAAAAGUAAAAAAUGGCCAUAAAUGAGCUUGUUCAGGCCAUAACUAUGUCAAUCAUUGUGAGUUUUUAAAAUUUCUCGGUACACAUCUGUGACAAAGCUAUAAUUAUAAAUAUUUUUUCUUAAACCUGGUUUUGUGACAAUUUUGUACCUUGUUUAAUUUUAGUCAACAAAUAAAUGGAAUUUCAUUAUUGUAAUUCAACAUAACCUUUUUUGCCUAGUAUUGUUAUUUUAUACCAUGUUCAUCUUAUGUCUAAUUUUAAAUGUGGCUUAAUGUCUCGCAAUAAAAUUGUACAUAUUUUCAUGUUUGUCGUCAUUUAAAUAAUAAAAUAUCAUUCAGUACUU